UACUUCGACCUGGAAGCCGCGACCGCGCUGCGGUAUCGCGUCUUCUCCGACGGGAAACCCUACGUCCUGAGCCUGAAGACCGACGACUGGGUCACGAACGCGAAGGACGACCUGUGGCAGGCGUUUCUGUUCGCGCCCGCGGGGCGAUGGGCGGAUGUCGUCGUCCCGAUGGAUCGAUUCUUGAAGACGCACCGCGGGCGCGUGAUGCGGCACAAGUACGCGAUGCGACAGGGGCGCGUGAUCGGGUUCGGCGUCGGCGUCGUCGGCGGCGGGGGCGGGUUCGCCGGUGAUCUCGAAACGUCCGCGACCGGGCCGUUUAAAUUAGAGAUCGCGUCCAUCGCGGCGUUGCGGCUG